AUGGUGCGCAGCCUGGAAGUGCCCACGCCGGCCAAUCUGGCGUUUGGCCAGCCGCCCGGCGGGUUGAGCAUGUUCUCGUCCGCGGCCAACCCGCUUGCCCACCUCCUUCAACAACCCUCGUCACUUUUAUUCCCCGUUGAGCAGAAACCGGCCACCGGUUUUGAGCACUCCGUCACGUCGCCGUUUGUGGAAUUCCAAGAUUUGCGGCAGCAGGUGAUCAGCUGGCUAUGGCUCAGCUUCCCAUCGAACUGCUUCCCGAACAUGCAGAGCCCAUUCCCGUGGUCCCUGCUCACCCAACGGCCACCAUCCCCGACCCUAGCCGGCCCGCCCCAGCAACAGGAGCAGCAGCAGGAGAACGGCAAGUGGAGCUCCCCGUCGAGCGUCGAGUCGAACGGCCACAAGACGGACAGCAGCACCGCCGAAUCCAACCAAAUCGACCCGGUUGGCAUCGACGCUUCCGAGGCGUCGUCGACGUCGUCCACCUCGACGCAGGCGAUGAUGCAGUCUCCAGUCCAGGCUCCGUCCGCGCAACCGGCCUUUUCGUUCGCCCCCAAGGACCUGCAGAACAACUUCGGCCUCCUCUUCGCCAACGGUGACGGCAAGUCCCCAUUCUACGCGCUGCCGAAGACGAACAUCCCCGUGGCGGCCACACUACCGAUGAGCGGCCAGAGCACCUGUGAACGCCGCCAGCGCAAGCAGAUCUCCGACGACUUCGUCAAGCUCAUCCAGCAGUACGAGCUGAGCGGGAAGAAUGUGCAGGAGUGCGAUAUCCCGGUCCCCGAGGCUGUCAGAUGUGAUCCAAGCUUCCGCGCAGUGUCCGAGUCCCAGAUCGUCAACCAGGUUACCUCGUCGAAACGCUUUGACGAGAUGGACCUCGGCGAGUGCAUGUCCAACCUGUGCAAAAAGCUCGCCGAGAAGCGCGUUUUUGGCUCGAAGCUGAUGUCCCAGACGACAGUCGCCGGCCCGAACCACUCCAACUACAACAAUCUGCCGAUCGAGGGGAUCGUUUACAUCAAGGAUGUUUGCCGUCGUACGUUUGGAGACAAGGUGACUUCGGACGUCGAAUUCUGGGAGCACUUCAGGAAUGCGAUGAGGAAGCUGGCUGCAAGAUGCCGUCGCGUGCGACAUGCCAAAAAAACCAAGUCGAUCCGCGAGGAGGCCAUCCAACUGGCCAACUCCCAGAGCCGACUGGCCGCUGAGACCGUCAGCCAGCAGCCGUCGUACCCGUUUUUGGCUGCCGCUGUGGCUGUUAGCACCGCUCUCGGAAACAACCUCCUCGUCAAACAGGACACCGACGAGCAGAAGAACGAGGCCGCCGAGGCCUUGGCUUCGCUGAACGGCAGCGUCAACCUCAGCUCACUCGGGAUCAACGUCUCCCUCGCCGGGCUCUCCUCGUUCCAAAACGCCGAGAAUCAGUCGGCGGCCCUCGCCCGUCUGUUCCUACCCGACCUGGCCGCGCAGCCCGCUUUCAAGCAAGAGGAGAUCAAGCCGUGGCCCCAAAAGGAGGAGGGGAUC